AUGCCCGAAGCAACAGACAAAAUCUACCGCUCCUGGCCUCAUGGACCCCCGACAUACUCACAAGCCAACCCGAGUCAUUCGCGAGAUAUCACGCAGAACCCGGACUGGAACUAUUCCCUCUUCGACUGUUGCGACCCAGGCUCACUAUGCCUGAUGAGCUGGUGUCUUCCAUGCCUGACAUUCGGCAAAACCCAAGCCAGGAACCACGAUGCUACCUUGAACGGUUUUAGCUAUUGCAACGCAGACUGCACGAUUUUCACAGGUCUCGCCCUCAUCUACUCCCAUUGGAUCAUCCAGACUAUCAGACGCGGUGAGAUGCGCGAACGCUACGGUAUCAAGGGCAGUUGUUGUGGGGAUUGCUGUGCGACGUUUUUCUGUUCUUGUUGCGCUCUGGUUCAGGAGGAGAAGGAGGCUGAGUUGCGGACGAGAGCUGAGUUGGGGUAUCAGAUGACGCCGGGGAUGGAGUAUAAAUGA